AUGAUCUGUCUCGCCAAUCCUCUAUCGAAAGAUAUCACGUGUACCGGAAGAUACAUGAUCUGUCUCGCCAAUCCUCUGUCUUGCCAAUCUAUCGAAAGAUAUCACGUGUACCGGAAGAUACAUGAUCUGUCUCGCCAAUCCUCUAUCGAAAGAUAUCACGUGUACCGGAAGAUACAUGAUCUGUCUCGCCAAUCCUCUAUCGAAAGAUAUCACGUGUACCGGAAGAUACAUGAUCUGUCUCGCCAAUCCUCUAUCGAAAGAUAUCACGUGUACCGGAAGAUCGAAAGACGUACCGGAAGAUACAUGAUCUGUCUCGCCAAUCCUCUAUCGAAAGAUAUCACGUGUACCGGAAGAUACAUGAUCUGUCUCGCCAAUCCUCUAUCGAAAGAUAUCACGUGUACCGGAAGAUACAUGAUCUGUCUCGCCAAUCCUGUAUCGAAAGAUAUCACGUGUACCGGAAGAUACAUGAUCUGUCUCGCCAAUCCUCUAUCGAAAGAUAUCACGUGUACCGGAAGAUACAUGAUCUGUCUCGCCAAUCCUCUAUCGAAAGAUAUCACGUGUACCGGAAGAUACAUGAUCUGUCUCGCCAAUCCUCUAUCGAAAGAUAUCACGUGUACCGGAAGAUACAUGAUCUGUCUCGCCAAUCCUCUAUCGAAAGAUAUCACGUGUACCGGAAGAUACAUGAUCUGUCUUGCCAAUCCUCUAUCGAAAGAUAUCCGUGUACACAUGAUCUGUCUCGCCAAUCCGGAAGAUGUACCGGAAGAUCUGUCUGUCUUGCCAAUCCUCUAUCGAAAGAUAUCACGUGUACCGGAAGAUACAUGA